AUGCUGAAGAUGUUCCCAGUAAUAUCCAGCUAUUGCCUUCGAUGGGGUGGACUUCAGAGGAGAUUCUGCCUGAAUCAACCAGUGCAGAGUAGACAGCCCCUGCAGCAUGUGCACGUGAGGGUUGGAGACCGGGCUGAGCUCAGCAGAGCCUUCACACACAGGGAUGUGGCUGCCUUCUCACAAUUAAGAGAUGUCAAUCCUUUGCAUUUAAAUGAAGAUUUUGCCAAACACACCAAGUUUGGAAGGACAAUUGUACAUGGAGUUUUGAUCAAUGGACUUAUCUCAGCUCUCUUGGGUACUAAAAUGCCAGGACCAGGCUGUGUAUUUCUCUCGCAGGAAAUUAACUUUCCAGCUCCUUUAUAUAUUGGAGAAGUGGUUUUAGCUUCUGCAGAAGUGAAAAAGCUGAAGCCGGUUUGUUGCUUUUAUGCGGUGUCAUGUGUAAUAGAAAGUAAAAAGACUGAUGAAGGCUGGGUCAAGGUUAUGGUUCCAGAAGCUUCCAACCCUGAAAUAGGUGUUUAAAGUUACAAGUUCAAACACAGUUUGAUUGCUAAUAACAGCAUCUGGGGAAAUGGGCUACAUGCUAUUCAUCACCAAGGAAAGGCCGAUAGACUCAGAAGCCACAUUAGAGAAGGGGAGCAGGUAGAGGGGUGAGCAAAUGUCCACUUUCCCAAUUUGAACUUAGACUUCACCAAGAGCUGAGUAGGUACAUGACUUCAUCAUCUGUUAAGGUUUUUUGCUGUUGUGUUUUGGUGUUUUGUUUUUCUAGUACUGGGUAUUGAACCCAGGGGUGUUUAACCACUGAACUACAUCCCAACCCUUUCCAUUUUUUAUUUUGAGACAAGGUCUCACUAAGUUGCUGAGGCUGGCUUUGAACUUGAGAUCCUCUUGCCUCAGCCUCCCGAGUUGCUGGGAUUACAGGUUCACACUUGUAGUAUGCCGCCCAACUGUUGAGGUUUUUUUUAAAUUGAAAAACUAUCAGGAUUGUUAUUUAUCUGAAGGGUCUACUUUCAGAAUUUCAAACCUAGUUAGAUUUUUGUUUGAUAAACACCUAUUUAUAUUGUGUAGAAUAAGUCCUGUCACCGAAUUUAUAACUGUCUAGCAUUUACUUGCUGAAGGCAACAGUGGAACUUGGCUCAUCUUUGAACACUUACCCUUUACUAGUAAAUAUUCUUAGAUACCCUCUUCGGCCCUUUUUGGGUCAGUUUAUUGUAAUUUGUACUUACCCCAGCAUGGCAUCUUGCUCACCUUUCUUUGGGACUUGCCUUUCAGGUCACAGUUAACCAGAGAAGGGCUUAUGGGCAGACUCGGACUCAGUUAUGUAAACUGUCUCAUCUAGAAAAUGGUGAUAAACAUGUACAGGGCAGGAGGAUUGUUGGAAAUAGAAGAUACACAGUUUAAACACAAGGCCCAGCUGUAAACAGUAGCCACUGUUGUGAGUGAGGUUAGGGGUUUUCCUGCAUUUAAAGCAGAGUAGCUUACAGUUAAGUAGGCAUCCGACCAGUCUUUGAGGCUGUCAGUCUGUAUUAGUAUUUUAAUCCUGGAAUAGAAUCUUCAGUGCACAGUUUCUGUUUUAAGAAUCCAGAAUCUUUUCUCCCUUCCUUGAAAAUGUGGGUCCACUCCACGUUGUGUAGAUACACAAAUACACGCUUUUAUUGUAAAAAUAGAAAAAAUAAAACUUAUAAGAAGGCCAAGUUCUUAAAAGAGUUUGGAGUAUUGACAGGAAUGAUCAUCCCCAACACAGCUCAAACUUAUUUUUCCAUGACUAUGGAUUGACUCCAGUGCUUUACCACUGAACCAUAUCCCCAGUCCUUUUUAUUUUUUAUUUUGAGAUAGGAUGUGUCUGAGUUGCUAAAACUGGCCUUGAACUUGUGAUUCUCCUACGUGUGCUUCCCUAGUUGCUGGAAUUUACAGCACCUGGUCAUACAAGUGUUCCACCUGUGCUCUGAUAGCUUUAGAUGGUAAGUGACCACAGCUUGAUGCUUUGAUUAAGAGGAUACUCAGAUCUGGUGGUGGUUCCACCAGAUUUCUAGGAAAAGUUUUCCUUGGGCUGGUGGAUAAGUAACCAGAUUUUAAUUAUUUAUUUUAUUUUACAUUUUUUAAACAAGAAGAUGCAAUUGAACAGAUUACUAGAAAGAGUUGUUCUAGUCGCUAGAGGGCAGUGUUCUACAUCAAAUGAGUGUUUCCAAACUUGUACUGUCCUCUGGUUUGUGAAGUUGGGAAGAAAAAUACCAAAGUCCAUGCCAAAGGAAGCUGUUCUCAUGAUUCUCAGAAUAGGCAGCAUUGUGCAGACCGAGAUCCAACUAAAGAAGACUCACUUAUAGGUGAAUCACUUAGACAUAUUGAAAUUUUCUGAUCACAUCAGAACAUAAAGAGCUUGAGAUCAAGUCAAACUCAUCCCCUGGGACUUGGCAGCAGUCUUAAAGUUUGGGUCCAUAAAUGGACUGUGAAGUGUUCAUUAAUAUUAGUAGCUGCCAUUUUUUAAAUUCUUAACUGAUUUACUACAUUUAUUCCAAUCCUUGAACUACGUGCAGUUAGGCUAAUGUCCUGUUUUAUGAGCAAGGGAACAGACUGAUGUGAGAUGUUAUGCCAUGUUGUAUAGCUAACGUGCAGUAGAGCUGGGAUUCAAACUUGAGGCUGCCUGGCUCCAAAGACCCUCCUUUAUAUGUCCCCUGUAGGUCUUACAGUAUGUCCCUGGAGCACUGUCGAAUUGCUAGUAUUAUGUAUUGCCAUUAAAGUAAUUGAAUCAUUCUAAGGAAUGCUUACAUUUAGAAUGUUCUAGGUCUUAUUCUCUGCUACAGUUGUAUAUUCCCUUUAUACUAGGUGGCUUCCAUAAAUACAUUUCUCCAACUUUUUCUAA